UGACAGUUUCUUGAAUUUUGAUGACGGAAAGAAAAAGGUUAUACACAGAAAAAGAGGGAAUAGGCUGAUUAUGAUUAAUUUACUAUAAAAAUAAAUAAUAAAUAAAUAAAGUGUUCGUAAAUUUGUUACUUUGUAUCAUAACAAUAUAUUAGCAUAGCCGGUUGUGAAGUCUGGGAAGGGAAAAGAUAGCAACGUGUCCUAGGUUAGGCCGUUGGGGAAUCAUGUUAUUAUUGGCGUAACAUGACUGAAAGAAAAAUGUGCAAGUUCUAUAAUUUGAAUGUACCUGACCGCCGACCCGGGGAGAUCCCAAACCAGAACAAUGACGAUGACGAUCGUAACUCAGACGACCCGCUGGAGCCCUAUGUACCUCCACACGAGCACAAACUCGAGUACAGCUACUGGAUGUGGUUCUCGCGCAGGCCGCCCGCCCGAGAGCUCUCCGCCACCACCACUGGUUAUGGACAGGCGCUUCGUAUGGUGGGUCGCGUGGCGUCUGUGGAGCAGUGGUGGGGGCUAUACAUGCAUCUAGCGCGACCCGCGGAACUGCCACCUCUGUCUGACCUGCACCUCUUCAAACUGGGCAUCAAGCCUAUGUGGGAAGACCCUGCUAAUGUCAACGGUGGCAAGUGGGUGGUGAGACUCCGCAAGUCCCAGACGGGGCGUGCGUGGGAGGACCUGUGCAUGGCGAUGCUGGGCGAACAGUUCAUGGUGGGAGAGGAGCUGUGCGGGGUCGUCCUGUCCGUGCGCUUCCAGGAGGACCACCUGGCCGUGUGGCACCGCACGGCGGCGGACGCGGGCGCCAAGGCGCGCGUGCGCGACACGCUGCGCCGCGUGCUGCAGCUGCCGGCGGCCGUGGGCGUGGAGUACAAGGCGCACGGCGACUGCCUGCGCGCCUCCGCCAACCACGCCGCGCCCGCGCCGCCCGCCGACGAGCGCUCCUAGCGGCCGCCGCGCACCGACUGGCGCAAGCCGCGGUGCUCCCUCCACGUGGCGAGCGCGGCCGCCGCGCGCCGCGACGCGUCCUGAAGCCCCGCCCGGCUCCGGGUCCUGUCCAAUCGCGUAGCUCGGCGGCGCGCGCCGACCGCUCGCCACCCGCUCCGCAGUCCACGUCACGAAAGUUGAGAAACGGCGCGACUCGGAUGACAUCUCGGAAUUGACCGUGCCGCAAUUCCAACUUUGGUGACGGGCACUGGAUGCAUGUUACUCUAUUGCACCUCGGGUUUACGAAAGUUCUUUGUUUACAAAUUCCUUUCAAUAGGGUAGUCGAUAUUAUUUGCUUCUUUAUUGUUUUUAUCAGGAUGGUACAAUAUCUAAUAUAUAAAGAAUUUUAUAAAUCCGCUCGAUAGUGAAGUCAGAUUUGUUGGGGUAGUCGUUUCAUGACAGCUGUUGAAGCAAGACGCGAUAUAACCGCCAAAUAUAUAAUUAUACGAGUUCGAGGGAGACGGCAAGAUGGUCCGAUCUCCCUCACCUGAUAUUUAACUGCCUUAUCUUUAACCAAUUGUGAUGCUGUCGCGUCGUCUAAAAGCCAAAAGCCUAAUCUGCACAGAAUAAAAAAUUAUGUGUAAAAUAGGAACAUAUGACUACCCUAUCGCAAAAGAAUUGGUUAAUAACUUUGUAUGCAACAAAUUUAAUAAUUGAAAAUAAUAGUAAAAAAAUGUAUUUAGUUUUAAAAAUGCCAUAUCUGUUGAAAUUGUUGGAAAUUACUAUUAACUCGAGGUGUAUUUAGAUAAAAUCAUGAAAUGCGACAAAGUCAACGUCCGCGUCAGUCGUUUUUAACCCUCCUCCCUUGUAAUAAAGUCCAAAUCAAUUUAUUAAAUUGCGUUGUUUUUAUUCCUUUUGACAAUUUAUAAUUUCACCGAAAUGUAACAUCUUUCAUCUGGGCCGCAAGUCUGCUUCUUGUGUCAGUUCAGUACGACAUUGGUUCAUUUUUCACACGUCACGAAGUUGAAACUAUUAACAGAUUUUAUUUUAACUAUCGACUGACAAUUACUGACAGUAAUUAGCAGUUGGUGUAAAAUGUGACGAUCCAGCUCGGAAUAAAAUAUGAAAUUUAUCUUGACUCAGGUCUUAGUUGUACGUUUGCCUCAGCCCACCGCAGUAUGAGAAUUUGCAAUGCCAAAAAUGUAAAAUAGCCCUAAUUGACCUUGUCCACACGUCUACAUCUCUGUUCUGUCUACGUUCUGUAAUACAAAAAAACCGUAGUAUAGAAUAUACAACCUCAUCAGAAAGAAUAUUAGGGCCAUUUUACUUUGUGUUAAAUGUCAUAGAAAGACCAACGGACGUUUGCGGCCCGCCUCAGGAGAUCGCUAAAAGGGGAUUCCUUUUUACUUGUAUCUUAUUUAUUAUUGCAUACGUCUAUGUAUGAAAGAAACUGCGUAAUUCAAGUCAUGUAUAAUAAUGUGGUACAGCGAGGAACGUCGUUUGUAGCCAGAAGAUAGGUAAUUUGUACAGUGCUAAUCUGAAUAAAGAAUCCGAAUUUUUUAUA